AAUUUAGACUUUUGAGCCACCGGUUACCGUUCUGACAUGGCCAAGUCCAAGAACCACACCACAUACAACCAAUCUCGAAAAUGGCACAGAAAUGGUAUCAAGAAACCCCGGUCACAAAGAUACGAAUCUAUUAAGGGGGUGGACCCCAAGUUCCUGAGGAACAUGCACUUUGCCAAGAAGCACAACAAGAAAGGCCUGAAGAAGAUGCAGGCCAACAACGCAAAGGCAGUGAGUGCGCGUGCAGAGGCCAUCAAGGCCCUUGUGAAGCCCAAGGCGGUUAAGCCCAAGAUGCCAAAGGGCCCCAGCCGCAAGCUCAGCCAUCUCGCUUUCAUCGCUCACCCCAAGCUCGGGAAGCAGAUUAGAAGCUACAAAGCCCAAGGCUCAAACCAAGGCAGAGGCCUCAGCUCCAGCUCAGGCUCCCAAAGGUGCCCAUGCCCCUGUGAAGGCCCCAUAGAAAAGGUUCCUGUCUGCCAGACAGAUGGACUGGUGUAACACACCUACACACUAUUUGCAGAUGAUCAGGACCCCAUGCUGUUUUUACAAAUAAACUUGAGGCAGGAAAAAAAAAUUUAGACUUUCUAGACAUUGAGACAUGUCUGCUCCUGGCAGCACCAAUUUACUUCAGAGAGGAGGAUGAGCAAUGAAGACACUCUAUAUGGAGCUUAUCUUCUUCUUGGCAAAAAUAGCCAUUUGGGCAAGAAACUGUUAUUGCCUGGACUGCUUUGCAAAAUGAUGUAUCGACUGGACAUGCAGGACCCAUAGGAAGGUGACCAUUGAACUUUGCUUGGCAAAAUGGUCCUUCAGGUUCCUGCUUCUCAGAGGAAACUGCCAGACAUUCUACAGGACACAGAGAAAAGUAACUGAGAGACUCUAGGCCUGUGGGCUGAAGACAGGUGCCCCA